GUCACUAUGAUGAACCCCACUCUCCUGCCUAGGGAAACCACUGAGCCCAGGAGGAAGACCUGUGAGAGUGCAUAGUGCCAUUUCACCCCAUGGCUGAAGAUGGUUUGCCUAAAAUUUAUUCCCAUCCACCACCAGAAAUCAGUAAGACACCAACUGAAGCAACCAUUUUCUUUGGGGCUGACAACACUAUUCCUAAAUCAGAAACAACUAUUACUUCAGAAGGAGACCAUGUUACUUCAGUAAAUGAGUAUAUGCUAGAAAGUGAUUUUUCAACAACUACAGGCAACAAACUUAUACCUACAAAGGAAAAAUUCAAAUCAGAAGAUGAAACUGGCACCCAUUUUAUUAAGCCAACAACUCAUCUGGAGAAAGAAAUCACCACUCUGACUGGCACUACAAACUCUAUAGUGAAUGACUCUAUUACUGAAAAUCUCAUUCCAGGGAAAAUUGGCAAUAUUUCAUCACCAGUUGGUGCUACUGUUUCUUUAAUAGACUUUUCCACUAACAUAGAUGAAGAAGAAAUCCUCUUGGCUACCAUUGACACAGAGGAUGAAGAGAUCUCCAUAACAUCUGAUGUCACUGGAACACUAAAGGACAGCAAAAAAGGUAAAGCUGAUGUUAACAGUUAUAAUUCCUCCAUCAAACCCAAUGUUCCUGCUGAUGAGGCUGCCCAGGUCACUGACUUUGUCCCUGAGGCUGAAAUGUCUCCCUCUACUGAUAAAAACUUCACCACUAUUCCAGACAUAACUGAUCUUACAGAAGAGAAAAUAACUGAAAUUGACCUAAUUGUUUCAGAGGAUGACCCUGAUGCUGUGGCUAAAUUAACUGAUUCUGAUGAGGAAAAGUUCAUCACUGUGUUUGAACUGACUACCUCUCCUGAAAAAGACAAAGAUAACCCAGAAGAUACUCCACUAACGGAUGAAGAAUCGACCGAUGAGGCCAAUGUUUGGAUGGAGAGAGAGAAUGCAAUUGAAGCAGAGACCCAUUCUGUUUUGCUUACUGCUGUUGAAUCCAGAUAUGACUUUAUUGUCCCUGCAUCAGUAGCUAUAAACCUCGAGAAAGAAUCAUCUACCAUGACAACAGAAGAUUUACCUGAAAAUAAUAGAACAGACUCUGUAACUAAGGUCAUCGACUCAUUUUCUGGAACUACCUCUACAUUAGAUACCACAAACUACAAGGAAGAUACCUCCACAGAUGAAACGGGUAUCUUUAAACUACUGAAAGAAGAUCCAGAUGAGUUCAUGAUUUGAAAGCAGCAAAAGGGAUGCCAUGUAGAACUGUGUGAUAGCCUAGACAGCUAGUCUUAACAUCUAAGAAGCUUUUCCAGCAAGCAAAAAUCUUAAAAAAUGAAAG